AUGGCCUCGCUCGCUGAGUCUACCUCAGCACGUUCGGAUGUAUCGUCAUCUCUGCAGUCCAUAGCGGACAAUGUUGCAAAACACGUUAAGCUUAUCCUUCCACAGGUCAAAUCAACCCCCUCCGAGUUGCAUUCCGCUGCUCUGGAAGUAAUUGAUGUUGAUAUUGAUGAAAAUGAUGCACCUCCUGCCGCCGAACAGGAUGACGAAGCUGAUCUAAGUACACGCACUCAAGAAAACUUGGCGUUCAGCAGUCUUCGUUUUUUAAGCCCGACUGAUGACUCAAACACAUAUCGCAUUGCAACAGUUCUCCACCCUGGCCUGAAGCUCGAAUAUUUCCGACUACAGAAAUGA